GAUCGGGAGCGCGGUGGGAGCCGACGGGGCGUGGAUCUGUGGCGGCGACGGUGGAGGCGGGCUGUGGCAUGAGGGCGUGACGGUCGGCUUGAUGGCCGUGGCGGGACUCGCCUUGGCCGCCAUCCUCGUCGUCUCCUCUCAUAGGUAAACAGCAAAGGGCGCUUGCUUUCUAGUUCCUUACCCCAGUAAUUGAGAAAUAGGAGGGUAGAAAUCGAGUGUUUCGAAGAGUGAGAGAGAAGCUUCUAGAUGAGUGUCCUCCGACGAUCCCAUACUUCUUCGUCUUCACCAUCGUCGUCGUCGCCUAAGUCGUCAUGGAUCCAUUUGAGAUCGCUUCUCAUUGUUGCCUCCUCACCUCUUCCUGAUCGAGGCAGCCUUAGAUCACCAUGGUCUCGAAGGAAAAGAAAGCAUGCACUUACUAGGCAGCAGUGGAACAAUUUGUUCAUGCCAGAUGGAAAGCUUCGAGAUGGAGGGGUGAAGUUUCUAAAGAAAGUUCGCCGUGCUGGAAUUGAUCCUAGCAUCAGGGCUGAUGUCUGGCCUUUCCUUCUUGGAGUCUACGACCUGAAGAGUUCAAAGGCUGAAAGAAAUGCCAUUCGAGUGCAAAAGAGAAAAGAAUAUGAGAAACUAAGGAGACGAUGUUGGCGAUUGUUAAAUCACGGCAAUGAUGAUGAAAUCGAGUUAAAUGAAAUAAUUGAAACAAGUUAUUCAGACAGUCCCAGUUUUAUACAGAGAUGUGAUUCCACUUGCUCUGAAGAGGUUUUUAGUGCCAGGGAAUCAUUCUCCGAUGAACAAAGAAGCCCAUGUAAUGGCACCAUGGAGCAGGUGCAUGAGGAAACACCUGCCUCCAGCUUAGUUAUAAUGGAAGGAGAUGACAAAAGUGGAAUCACUCAUGUAGAUGCAUCUGCAGAUGAUACAGAUUCUUCUGACAGUGAGUCCACUGAUGAAGAACCUGCAAGCAUUUUGAUGCUCUCCUCAACAGGGUGCAGUGAAGCUGAUCCUAAGCUUUCCAAGAUUGAUUCAGUCAUGGGUGAAACUAAUAGAUCGGAUCCAAAAGCUGAGGAUUUUGCAACAUGGCAACGUAUCAUGCGAUUAGAUGCUGUCCGAGCUAAUGCUGAGUGGGUAUACUAUUCUUCAGUUCAAGCUGGAGUCUCUGAGGACGAGGCUUUUAAGUUUGCUAAUGCUGUUGGUCUCAAAGAUUUUGACCACUUGGAGCCAUGCCAAGUGUACCAUGCUUCACGGUUGGUUGCUGUACUCGAGGCGUAUGCACUCUAUGACCCUGAAAUUGGCUACUGCCAAGGAAUGAGCGACCUUCUCUCUCCCAUACUUGCCGUCAUGGAGGACGAUCAUGAGGCCUUUUGGUGCUUUGUAGGAUUUAUGAAGAAAGCUAGACACAAUUUCAGGCUUGAUGAGGUGGGCAUAAAGAGACAACUGAACAUUGUCUCCAAGAUCAUCAAGUCCAAGGAUUCUCACCUGUACAGGCACUUGGAGAAGCUUCAAGCUGAGGACUGCUUCUUCAUGUACCGAAUGGUUGUGGUCAUGUUCCGAAGAGAGCUAACCUUUGAGCAGACUUUGUGCUUGUGGGAGGUGAUGUGGGCAGAUCAGGCGGCAAUUCGAGCACGGAUUGGAAAUUCAGUAUGGGCGAGGAUAAGGCUACGUGCCCCUCCCACCGAUGACUUGCUACUCUAUGCCAUCGCAGCCUCGGUGCUGCAGAGGAGGAAGUUGAUCAUAGAGAAGUAUAGCAGUAUGGAUGAAAUCUUAAGGGAAUGCAAUAGUAUGGCAGGGCAGUUGGAUGUGUGGAAGCUCUUGGAUGAUGCCCAUCACUUGGUGGUGACCCUUCAUGACAAAAUUGAAUGACCUCUGCCCCUCUUCCUUCUCUCUUACCCUUUGUACCAUCUUUGUAGUUUUAGUUGUUUGCAAUUCUCCAACUGAAUUCGAUUCCUCUACAAUGCUUCUGCUUCUGAGAAGCAUAAAUAGUCGCUUCAGUUAGGCACACACACACCGAUGCCAUCACUAGCCAAUAUGGCUGCAUUGCCACAGUGGAGUCACUCGAGUGGAUUAGAUGUACAAAUGAAACAUAUCCCAAUUCAUACCAUUAUAGUUACGAUGAUUUUUUUUUUCUUUUUAAA